UACCUAUUUCAUAAGUUGUUGAGACAAAAACAAAAUCCUCAAAUUUAAAACCUCACAUCUUCAAUUUGAGUCCGUACGUAAACUAGAGGUGGUGCAAUGUGCAGUUUGGAGAAACGCGGCGAUGUUUUCAUCCUCACAAUCACCGGCGAGACGGACCACCGCCUCAACCCCGAGCUCCUCGACUCCAUCACGGCGGCGGUCGCUCAAGUCAAGUCGGAGUCGACGCCCUCGACCGCCCUCAUCACCACUGCUCAGGGAAAAUUCUUCUCCAACGGCUACGACCAGGCCUGGGCCCUAGCCGACCCGACCCGGCCCAAGAUCAUCUCCAAGAAGCUCCGUCUCUUGGUGGAGGACCUAAUCUCCCUCCCCAUGCCCACAAUUGCCGCCGUCAACGGCCACGCCUCCGCCGCCGGCUUCAUCCUCGCCCUCACCCACGACUACCUCCUCAUGCGCAGGGAUAGAGGCUAUCUCUACAUGAGCGAGCUCGACAUCGGCUACCCGAUUCCGCGGUGGUUCGUGCAGCUCGUGAAGAGCAAGGUCGGGUCUCCGAAGAUCUGGCGGAGCGUGGUGAUGGCGGCGGCGAAGAUCACGGCGGAGAUGGGGGUGGAGUGGGGGAUCGUGGACUCGGCCCACGACGGCGCUGAGGCGACGGUAGAGGCGGCGGUGAAGCUGGGGACGGAGUUGGUGGGCAGGAAGUGGGGUGGGGAGGUGUACGCCGCCAAUCGGAGAGUCGUGCUUGCUGACGUGUUGGCGGUGCUUGGCUCCGAUGAGACUGUCAUUUUCUCUUCAAUUUUUAUGUAUGCAGUAUUUGUGAAUACGAAGAUAAAAUUUGUGACAGUAUACGACUUGUUAAGAUAUUUUAUUGAUGACGGAACUACUACUACAUUUUAAUGGACAAAGCAUGUUCAAGAAUACUAA